CGUGGUCGCAUACAUUUCCCCCCCCCCCCUCGUCACAGAGUCAAGCGCAAGAGCAGGUAAUACGAACGACAGAACGAAGAAAGAGUGUCCGUCGAGCGACUUUGACCAGACAACAACACAACACAACUGCGUGAACGACUGAACCUCAACCAGUCAACCCUGACUCAGCAACCCCCACGACACCUUUCGAGGAUAGCAAGAUGACGAACAGCAACAAGAACAGUGCCAGCACAUCGGGUACAGGUGAAAUGGUAGCCACAGAGCCUGCUGAUGGCGUAUAUUUUCGGCAUGGGAGCGCAAACAAAGAAGGCGUGUCUCGCCGACGACAGUGGAUCUAUCUUGGGCCCGUGGUGGCCGCCCCGCUCACACACAUCUGCGUCACUCUCUACCGAAAGACGCCAAAGAAGUGGCGCCCGUGGAUGGCGUGGGGUGGCGUGGGUGGCCUGUCGUUUCUCGCCGUGGCCAACCGCCUCGUCCUCAUGUACCACGCCGGAUACCCAUGCGAGGACCACAUCGACGUUAGCAAGCGCCUCGUGCGCGCAGGCGAAGAGCAGCCCGAAACAGCCGUCGGCGUCGCCAAAGACAUUAUCAAGCAUUCCAUCUAAGGACCAAAGUGCAGCUCAGUGUGUGUGUGUGUGUGCAACUCUGGGGAGGUGCAUGUGUUGGUGAGCUGCCGCCACGCCUGAGGAGAGGGCUCCCUGUGGCGAUGCUGUGAUACGUGUUUUCCUUUCUGCUUUGUCCUGUGUCAGGCAGACCUUGUC